AUGGUUAACAAACAUUGGCCGUACAUCAAAAAGCAAGCACCAUCUCUACUUGAUCUUGAUGCUUUUUUCACAUUAUUAGAAUUCCUUAUUGACAAGCAAAUAUUAAAACAAUUUGAUGAAAAUUUUGAUGAAGGUGAUGUUUUUAUAUCAUAUGUUAUUACAAGUAGUGCAUAUCUCAUUGUUGCAAAUGAUCCAUGCCUUCGAAGAACAAUCAUUGCAAAAGCACGAAACUUGAUAUUAGCUCAAAUACCACCAAAAAGUAUUGAUGUUAGUACAGGUGAAGCUGGAUUUUGUUUGGAAACAUUACUUUUUGGAGAUAAAGUUGAUUCAAUAGGUUUACAGGAUGGCGAAUAUUUAUUGAAGACGGCCAAUUGGAAUGUUGUUAAUGUUGGACAUUUCCAACGUGAAUUCAAACAAGCAGUGGUGAAAGACAAAAGGCGUCCCAAUCAAGACCGACUCAAGUUACCCUCUCGAUGUAUUGAAGGACCCAGUCAUGGUACUCGUAUUCGAAUUGGUGGUUGUGGAACAUCACAAUACGCAAUUCAUCUGAAUAACUAA